GCCCAUUAACCAGAGCAGCAGCAGCAAGAAAACGAGCCGAGAAAGAACCGGAUCCCGUUCAUCUUUCACCACGUCGUACUCUCCCCCAUGACCACAAGACAUUCAUUUUCGUAUGGGGUGCUGGAUACAGUGGGCAGAUUGGGCUUGGGGAGGAAAAGCUGUUCGUAGAGACUCCUGCACCGUUGAGAAAACUGAGCUAUAAAAACAUAUGUGAUAUUGACGUUGGCUAUUUUCAUAAUGUGGCCUUGACUGAUAAAGGGACUUUGUGGUCCUGGGGCGAGAACAAUUACGGAAGUCUUGGGCGAGUUACUAAAGAUUCCGAGUGGGGAGAGUACGUACCUCAACCUGUCGAUGGACUGGAUGGAGUAAAAAUUGUGAGAGCAGUAUGUGGAAGAGAGUUUACGUUUGCAUUGAGUGAGGAAGGACGCUUGUAUGCCACGGGAACGUUUACGUCAGCUGAAGACAAUACUAAAAUAUUCGGUCUUUCCUGUCUGAAGCCCAACGUCUGUCAAUUUACAUUUACGCUCUACAAACCGACAGAGAAAAUGCGAUUCAUCUCCCUUGCAGCUGGUCGUAAUCAUAUGUUGGCUCUUACAGCGGAUGGACGAGUUUACAGUUGGGGUGACUCUGCAUAUUCGUCCCUAGGUAGACGUAUAUCUACCCGUAAUCCAUACGCAUGUUUGGUUCCAGAACGUAUAGCAGAAUUGAGUAACAUUGUAAUCAUAGGAAGUGGGGCGCAUCACUGUUUUGCGGUCAGGAGGGAUGGAAAAGUAUUCUGUUGGGGAUUAAAUGAUUAUGGACAAUGUGGAGUUAAGAGUAUCGGGACCUGUGUUGAGUUCCCGGUUCAAAUAGAAUUCGCAGAAGGGAAAAGAAUCAGAGAGAUCAAAGGAGGGAGGUACAUGUCGGCUUUUUUGUUGGAUGAUGGCAAAGUAUACAUGUUUGGGAGAAAGGAAUGGUUGGGAAUAGGAUGUAGAGGAAGCGACAAAAUUGCAAUAGAGCAUGGCGAUAAACAGAGUAACGGGCAAAUGACACAACCUGGAUCAGUUACCGUUCAAUCGUCAUCAAUUGUUCCUACAUCAGCUCCCUCUUCCACACCGAUAAUCUCAUCGACGACUCAUGAAAAUGCUCUUUCGACGCCCAAACACUAUACUGAGUUUAUAGCGACUCCAACGCUAGUUCAUACAAGUGCUUCCUACUGUUCAAUAGCCGUCGGUUAUGGCCAUACUCUUGCAUCCACCAAGUGUUGGAAUUCGCACGCCUGGGGACGUGGGGAUUUCUAUGCUCUUGCCAAUGCGCCAGCGAGCAGGGUUCCCGGUGCGGAUGAGCAUAGUCCGUAUACUAUAAAUGAUAGGAAUUUGACUGGAUUCAAAGUCGUCGCGGUUGGCGCAGGAACUCAGCAUUCUGUUGCCUUGGCUUGGAGGGAGCAGCAAUACACGCUUGUCUCAUAG